CCCCCACCCUUCCCUCUCCUCAUUGUCGUCUUCUUCCUCCCAGAGCUUCGCCGUUGUAGUUGGCAGCAACUGCCGCAACGGCCGCCGCAGCUCUCCUUUGCGUGCGGUAGCUCAUCGGUUGGGGGUGGCAUCAUGGCGAGGAGGACGAGCGGUCCCAAGAAGAAGCUGAGGAGAGGACUCUGGUCGCCGGAGGAGGAUGAGAAGCUGAUGAACCACAUUGCCAAGUAUGGCCAUGGCUGCUGGAGUUCCGUCCCCAAGCUUGCAGGCCUUGAGAGGUGUGGAAAGAGCUGCAGGCUGAGGUGGAUCAACUACCUGAGGCCGGACCUCAAGAGGGGCGCGUUCUCGCAGGAGGAGGAGGACCUCAUCAUCCAUCUCCACUCCAUGCUGGGCAACAAGUGGUCUCAGAUUGCAGCGCAGCUGCCGGGGCGGACGGACAACGAGGUCAAGAACUUCUGGAACUCGUACAUCAAGAAGAAGCUCCGGCAGCGCGGCAUCGACCCGGACACGCACAAGCCGCUGGCCGAGGCCAGCAGCAGCCGCGGGGGCGGCGCCGCCGCAGCCAGCCGCACGGCGGUGUUCAGCGACGCCGAGCUCAUCCUGUCGUCGGCGGCGGGCAAGCACAUGCCGCCGCCGCCGGUGACGGCGGAGAGCUACGUGUACAGCCGCAGCAUCAGCGCCGACGGCGGCGUGAGCGACGGCUCCCUGCAGUCGCUGUCCGGGUACAACGGGGACUUCGCCGCGGGCUACCUGCAGGAACCGGACGCGCUGCAGCAGGGCGGCCCCUCCGAUGGCCCGCCGGCGGUAGUUCUCCCGUCGGUGUCGAGCUCCAGCACGCUGAACUCGAUGGCUGGCCUAAGCCCCCCGGCCACCACGGCCACCGACGAACAGUGCAACAACAACAGUAGCAGCGGCGGCGGCAACGGGUCGUUCGAGCUGUCGACGCAGCAGAGCUGCAGCGCUAGCCAGCUGCCAUGGCUGGAGCUGGGCACGAGCAGCGGCGCCGCCGCCGUCUUGGACCAGUACGGCGCGGCGCUGGACGAGCUCAAGUGGUCCGACUACGUGUUCGACGGCUACGGCGGCGGCGGGCAGUACCAGCAGGGACAGUGCAUCUACGGCGACAGCAAGGACGCCGUGCAGUUCGUCGACGCCAGCGGACUCAGCAGCAGUUGGUGCUUGAAUUGAUCGUAUCUCGAGCCAACGCACACGGCGGCGAGCAAUUAAUCGAUCGAUCGAUCGAUCAAACCCCCCAACACUUUAUACGCGUACAUGUGCUCGUGUAUGUGCCUACACGGUUGUUGAUAGCUAAUGUUUGGUGGUGAGCUUCUGGUUUGUAAAUUUCUUCCUCUUUUGGAUUACCGGGCUUGCGUUGCGUGUUAAUUUUCCGGUGCGAUCGACAUGUAAAGUGCAUGUGGUGAUGGUGAAUUGGUGACGACGGGACAAAGAAUUAUAUAGAUAUAUAGAUAUAUAUAUGUGAAAAGAAAGGUGUUUAAUUAAUUAAAUUAUGUGGUUAAUUUAAUAAAAAAGAGUGGUGAUUGGUCAGUGA